GUGUCCCACCUGUCAGGAGGUGAACAGUGCGAACCACCUACCUUAUGGUUUGCUCCAGCCUCUUCCUAUCCCUGAGGGUCGUUGGCAGUCCAUCUCGAUGGACUUUAUCGGUCCUCUUCGACCUCCGUCCCCCCGCGGUCAUGAUGCUWUCCUGGUCGUCGUCGACCGCUUCACGAAGCGUGCACGCUUUGUUCCGUGCCGCUAUGCCAUCAGUGCACGUGAGGUCGCCGACAUCGUAUUUGACCGAGUCGUGCGUGACCACGGCUUACCUCUGAGCAUCAUAUCUGACCGUGACCCGCGCUUUACCAGCCGAUUCUGGCGACGGCUCUGCGAGGUGUACGGCACUCAGCUCCGCUUCUCCUCGUCUUCCCAUCCUCAGACUGAUGGUCAGACCGAGAUCACGAACAAGACUCUUGGGGAUAUUCUCCGAAAGAUUGUUCGUGACGACCAGCAGUGGGAUCUCCAUCUUGCCCACGCGGAGAUAGCCUACAACCACUCCGUCUCGCCAGCCACGGGGAUGUCGCCUUACUAUUGCGACCUCGGCUAUCACCCGCGUGUUCCCGCGGACUUCCUUCGACCGUCCCAGAUUUACCCCGACACGAGUUGUCCCGCGCUGGAUGAUUGGGUUGCACACAUGACGUCGAUUAUGAAGGCCGCACAUGAGCACAUAGCCGCUUCCCAGACUCGCAUGGCAGCACGUGCGAACCGAUCGAGGAUGGAUCACCCAUUCAAGGUCGGUGAUGAUGUGCUUAUCGACGCCCGCCACUUACAGCUCGAAGCGGACACUCUUCGCAAGUUUCUGCGUCGCUUCUUUGGCCCAUGCCGCAUCCUCCAGGCCGUCGGUCCUGAUACGGCAUCUAACCCGGUCAGCUUUCGUGUGAAGCUGCCCAACUGCCUACGCCAGGCUCGUGUGCAUGAUGUCUACCACGUCUCGUUACUGCGUCCUUACCGCAGACCGUCUGAGCGUUUCGCUGGACGACCAUACGAGCGCCCUCCACCCAUCAUGGUGGACGGCCACGAGGAGUUCCUCGUUUCAGACAUCAUUGGUCGUCGAGUCACCAACGACAACCCUCCCCACGUCGAGUAUAUGACCCUCCUCCUUCUCCUCCGGCUGAGGAGACCGCUGAAGUUGAGCCUGCUCCAUCUGAGGCAGACCUUCAGCGGCAGUCGGAUGCUUCUGAGCGUCCACAGCGCACUCGUCGUCGUCCUGCUCGAUACGACGAUUGACUCUGCCUUACCUUCCCACGUCUUUGACUUCUCAGUACUCCAUCCACAUCAGUUUUUCUACUUCAGCUCAUCGACGCUGUGGCUCUUCCUCAACGGCAUUCCGGACUUCUCAUCGUGGACGUCAUCGGCAGCUUCAUGGACUUCAUCACGAUCAGCUCUGCCUACUUCAGACGUCGCCACUCUCUUACCACUCUCCCCUGUAUAGUACCCUGCUUGUGUCGCAUGAUGGUCACCCUUUAGCCAGGUUCCUCUGAGUUGGGCUCUCCCUUGGUAUACGCAUAG